CUGCCUGCCGCCCUGCUACCUCGCCGCCAAGACCAUGGCCAAGCUCAUCAAGGAGCAGAAGCGCAAGCUGUUCCACACGUCGGUGUACGACUCGGAGCUGCAGCUCAAGAAGCUGUACAUCCAGACGUGCAGGCGGCUGCCGGCGUACGGCUGCAAGGUCUACCAGGUGAAGGAGCUACUCCGCAGCAAGACCAAGAAGAAGGCCGCGAGACUGCUGGGUCUGGGCGCGGAGAAGAUCGUGCUGCUCGACAACAAGACCAAGAUCCUCGCCAAGUCCCAGAACACUGCAGACCUCCUGCAGUGGCGGACGCGAGGCGGCCGGUCCCAUGACCGACUGCAGCUGGAGUUCCGGGCUGCGCGCUGGACGCUGGUUGUGCCCGGCGUGGCCGCAAUGCGCGAGGUGGGGCUGGCCCUCUGGGAGAUCCUCCAGGAGCUCGACUCCAGCUUUCUGGAGGAGCACGCCCUGCUGCAGCGAGGAGGCCAGCCAGAGCUCGUGAAGCGGUCGGUGCUGCCCCUGCAGGUCGCGCACUCUGACGAGCUCGAGGCCUUGCACAAGCUGCUGCACUUCCCCGAGGAGGUGGCGCUCAGGCUCGCCGACGCCGAGUGCCGCCUGUUCUACCAGGUGCCGCCCAUCGACUACCUGCGCCAGGUCACCUUGGACCUGGGCGGCGGCGACGGGGAGGCGGCGGGGGCGCGGGGCGGCGAGGCCCCGCUGGGCCGGCCCUCCGUCCGGAGCCUCGUCAAGCGCUUCAAGGAGGUUAGUUCGUGGGUCACCCACCUGAUCAUCUCGCAACCGACGCACGAGGAUCGCAAAGCCGUGCUGUCGUGCAUUCUGCGGGUCGCCCUGUCGUGCUGGAACAUCGGCAACUUCAACGGUGCCAUGGAGAUAGUUGCCGGGCUGAAGUCGAACAAGCUGAAGCCGUUCUGGCUGUCUAUCACGGAGAAGGAGAGCCUGCCCGUGCUGGACUUCCUGUCUGCGGCGCUGCUCUCGGCCGAGUACGAGCGGGCGCUGUGCCGCGCGCUGGCCAUGCCCGAGUGCCGCGUGGUGCCCUUCUUCGGGGCCUUCCUGCACGAGCUGCGCGAGGUCGUGUCUGCGUCGCCGAGCCUGGUGGUGGUGGCCGCGCCGGGGGAGCACGCUCGCCUGGAGUUUAUCUCCGAUUACAACGGCGAGGACCACUACUUCACCCGGAUAGGUCCCGGCGGCCUCCUCAACAUGGACAAGAUAUACCGCACCCAGGCCGUGAUGGACCGCAUCGCGUCCUUCCACCAGCACUACCACUCCCGCAGCCGCGACGCCGACGAGCUGCUCCUGCGGGAGCUCAGCAUCCACACGUCCAGCAUCGAGCGGUCGUACCUGAUGGACGAGUCGGAGGACCACGACUACGACCUGGACCUGGACACGUACCGGCCCGUGCAGCCGCUCAGCAACGACCACGGCGUGAGCUUCUUCCCCAUCUCCUCCCCGCACAGCGACAUCGACCACCACGUCCUGCAGGUGCUGCACCACGGCAGCACGGCGGUCCACUGGGACGCGGAGGGCGGCUCCCGCACGGCCCUGGUGUACGUGCGGCUGGAGCGCAGCUGCGCCACGGUGACGUGGGGGCGGCCGGCCUGGAGCGGGCUGGCGGGCUCCUCCUCGUCGCCCGACUACUGCCUGUCGGCCAACCCCGAGGAGCUGCCCGCGCCGGCCGUGGCCCUGAGGCUGGCGGGGGCGGGCGGGGACCCCGCGUGGGCCGCCCUGGAGGAGGGCUACCUGGACCUGGCCGCCGUCAAGGAGGUCGCCCUGGGCGGCAAGGAGCGCGAGCGAGACCCCGACCUGCAGACCGCGUGCCGGCGCUACGGCCUGGAGCGCUUCCCGGCCGCCGACUGCUGCCUGGCGCUGGUGUACGGCGCCAACCUGGGCGACAACCGCGUGCUGUUCCUGCUGUGCCCGCCCUCCCUCUGCAGGAUGUGGUACCUGGGCCUGUGCUGGGUGGUGCGCGGGCUCAAGCGCCAGCUGCAGCUGACGGACCGCCGCAUGAUCUGGCUCAAGGAGCAGUACCUGCAGCUGUACUUCGAGGAGUGCUGCCGCGGGCCCAUGACCGCGGACGCCAUCAGGAUAUUCGGGGGCCGGGACUGGGCGCUGACGGGAACGGCGGGAGGAAUGUCUCCGCCGGACAACGGCACACUUCGCCGUGGACCAUCGGCCAAGUUCAAGAAGAAGAAGUCCAUCGGCAAUAUACAGGCACUAAAGGACCUGGGGCUGAAGCAGCAUGAGGUGCUGGACGCGAGCACCGGCGGCGGGCUGCGGCGGCCGCCCCCCUCCGGCCCCGCCCUGGUCUCCACCCCCCGCUCACGCUCCAUCUCCAGCGAGAUGGAGGCGCGGCACUGCGGCCAGAGCCCGCGCGGCUCCGGCGACCACCUGGACCGCCUUUCCUGCAGUCCCACGCACCACCUCACACUCAGGGAGAAGGCGAAAGUGUCCAGCGUCAUGGAGUCGGUGUGGCAGACCAAGCACUUCCGGGCCGGAUCCAUCACCCACGAGACGCAGCUCGACUUCAUCGACUUCGUUGCCUUGUACCGAUCGUUCAGCCUGCGCGCGAGGAAGGACCUGCGAGACCUGUUCGACCAGCAGGCCAUCACCUGCCGCAGCAUGUCGGACAGCUCGCUCAACGACGGCAGCAUCAAGAGCUCCCCCGAGCACUCGCUCCGACCGCCGCAGAGGAUCGGUCUGCUGACGAGGAACAGUUCCCUGGACCUGUACGAGCACAGGAGCUCCGCCAACCUGCAGAAGAAGAAGAUCUUCGACGCCAUCGCGGCGGCGAGCAUCGUGGCCAACUGCGCGGGCGUCGACACCUCCAAGUCGCAGGUCAUCACGCUGCAAGUGUUCACCAAGUUCCUGGAGACCAGGCAGAUGGAGCAGCACACGGAGGAGGCGGUCAAGGCCCUCGUCCAGAGGCACGAACCAGACCCGCUCCUGAGGUCGCAGUGCUGCCUGUCGUUCGAGGGCUUCGCGCGCUACCUCAUGGACAAGGACAACUACGCCUUCACCAACGAGAGGAUGGCACCCGACGAGACGGAGAUGGACCAGCCACUGUCCCACUACUACAUCGCCUCCUCGCACAACACGUACCUCACGGGCCACCAGCUCAAGGGCGAGUCCUCCGUGGAGCUGUACAGUCAGGUGCUGCUGACCGGGUGUCGGUGCGUGGAGCUGGACUGCUGGGACGGGGACGAUGGGUCGCCCCUUAUUUACCACGGCCUGACCUUCACCACCAAGAUCCCAUUCCGGUCGGUUGUGGAGGCCAUCAACCGCAGCGCGUUCGUGACCUCCCCCUACCCCGUCAUCCUGUCCAUCGAGAACCACUGCUCUGUGCAGCAACAAGCACGGAUGGCACACAUUUUCCAGUCGGUUUUCGGGGAGAAGCUGGUAACAAAGUUCCUAUUCGAGGCAGAUUUUUGCGAAGACGCGCAGCUGCCGUCACCGACACAGCUGCGGCACAGGAUCCUGGUGAAGAACAAGAAGCUGACGGCGGACAUACCGGCGUGCCCGUCGGCGGCGCGGCACGGCAGCAGCGCGCACACCCCGCUGCGCGGCAGCAGCGGCAAGCAGCCCUCGUCGGGCCGCGCCAGCUCCAUCGUCUCCAACACCAGCGGCGGCUCCGUCAACGACGAGUACAGCGACUUCGAGGACGACGACGAUGACGACGAUGACGACAAUGAGGGCAUGGGGCCGGGACCCCCGCGCACAGACUCCAUGUCCAGCCACGAGAGCAUGAUGCGGUCGGAGCGCUCCCGCCCGCCCGGCCGCGCCCACGGCGCCGGCGACGCUGACUGGAUACCCACGGACGACGACUUCUCCCAGCAGAAGCCCAAGAAGCAGAGCAGCCAGAUCGCCAAGGAGCUGUCCGACAUGGUCAUCUACAUACAGGCCAUUAAGUUCCGUGGCCUGAACACCAUCAGCCCCAACAGCUCGGUGAAGUGCAAGCGGCCGCUGACCACGGCCAGCCAGGUGAUGAAGAAGAGCAGCGUGACGGGGCUGGCGACCACUCCGCCCACCAUCGUCACCAGCACGCCGGCGACGCCCACGUCAGGCGUGACCCAGCUGUCGGGCAUCGGCUCCGCCUGUGCCUCGGUGGGGUCCGUGUCAGUCGCGGACGGCCAGCACGCCUCCUUCGGCAAGAGGCCCAACGUGAACCACCCCUGCUACCAGUGCUCAUCGCUCAACGAGAACACGGCCAAGAAGCUGUGCCGCAAGCAGCCGCACGCUCUCGUGGCCCACACGGAGACCCAGCUGGUGCGCACCUACCCGGCGGGCAUGCGCAUCGACUCCUCCAACUUCAACCCAGUCAUCUUCUGGGCGUUCGGGAUCCAGAUGGUCGCCCUCAACUACCAGACGGAGGACGCCGCGCUGCACCUCAACGCGGCCAUGUUCGAGCAGAACGGACGCUGCGGCUACGUCCUCAAGCCGAGCGUCAUGUGGGACCGCACUCACAUGAUGUACCGGAGGUUCAACCCGUGGGACAAGGAGUUUGACGGGCUCCACUCGUCCCACCUCAUCCUGGGCAUCAUCUCGGGGCAGUACGUCUGCCAGAACAAUCUCUCUGCCGGCACCUACGUCGAGGUGGAAGUGGGAGGCAUUCCCGUCGACUGCAACAAGCAGAAAACUAAGGUUGUACAGAGGAAUGCCCUGAACCCCAUCUGGAAUGAUACGUUCUUCUUCCAGAUAAUGUUUAGGGAUUUGGCCUUUCUCCGUUUCAGUGUUUUGGACGCGGGGACGAAUCACCUCAUCACUCAGCGAGUGUUACCUCUAAAGUGCCUAAGGCCAGGGUAUCGUCACGUGCGACUACGGUCACCCCAAAACCAGCCGUUACCAUUAUCAACAUUAUUUAUUUAUUCUCGUACAGAGGAAGAGAGUUUGGACUACAACGGUACUUCCGUUGAAAAUGGCGAAGCCCUUCCGUGUAAAGUGUUGAGCGGAACCCUUUCGGGAGCGAACGGGAGGGUGGUGAAAGUCGGCCACGAAAUAAGACCGGAGACGGUGAUCGCCAAGAAAGAGUGUGGUGCGGUGCCACUCAAAAGAAGAAUGUUUUUCCUGAUGGUGCACGGAGUGAUUCCUGAGGAGCCCUACACGAUACUGAAGAUCACUCAGGAGAGCACGACCCAGGAGGUGGUGUUGCAGGCGCUGCAGAAGGCGGGGAUCCCCGCGGAGAGAGCCCACGACUACAUCCUGGUGGAGGAGGUGGCUCGCAGCUGGGAGAAGAAGGACCGCGACAUCCCCGCGACGCAGCGGGUGCUGGACCUGCAGGAGAGACCCCUGCAGGCACAGGCCCAGUGGCUCGGGGAGGGCCGGUUCCUGCUCAAGAGGAUGGGCGACGACCCCAGCAGCCGGGCGUGGCUGUCAUCCAUACGCAGCACGGCUGGGCGGGAGCGACGCAGCACGGACCCCGCCGGCGACAGCCUGCAGCAGCUCGGCACGUGGGAGGAGGCGCACACCUUCCUGGUGUGCGUGUACAACGUGAGCCCCGAGAUCCCCUACGCCAUCCUGAAGGUGCCGCUGAGCUCGUGCGCCCAGGACGUGCUGGCGCAGGCGCUGGUGAAGGCUCGCCGCAUGGAGGACCCGUCCCGGUUCGUACUGGUGGAGGAGCUGGAGUGGGGGGUGGGGCGGGGCCAGCAGCGGGUGCUGGCGGACGACGAGAACGUGUACAGCACGCAGGCGCACUGGCAGACGCUGGGCAGGUUCGUGCUGCGGGAGCGGGAGCGGGCGACGCCCGGCGCCGGGCGCAAGCAGCGCGUGGCCGCCAGCCUGCGCACGGCCACGCUGGAGCGGCUGGGCAAGGGCCUGAAGCUGCCCGUGCAGGAGGCGCUGAGCGACCCCACCGCGCACGGCACCAAGCCCCGGUUGCGGAGGGCGGGCGCGGGGGGCAGCGGCCACGGCACGGGGCCGGCGAGGGGCGAGGCGGCGCGGCGGCGCAGGGAGGUCCACUCGGAGGGCGAGACGCUGAGCGACGACGACGCGGGGGACCUGGACCUGAGGACUACCGUGUCGCGGUUGAAGAAGGUUUCCCUGAGGAAGCUGCGCGUGUGGAAGUCUUGAAGACGCGGCGUGGAGCCGGAGUGAAAAAAAAUAACCCCGACGUCACCGACCUCGGCAAGGCGAGGUACCGAUCGUCCGGUACGAGUCGGCACCGAGGGCUUCGAGUGAAUCUGAGCUGGUACUCAGCAGGUUUCUGAGACGACAGCUGCACUACUGAAAGCUUUAAAUAAUUUCCACUGUUGUUGCUGUGUGCACUUAAAGCACUGACCGUUGUAUGAAAGAUAUUACUUGAUCGUUGUUACGGAGUGGAGGAAUGACUGGCAGUGUCUGUGUCAGCACGUCGUUCGCGUGGUGACGAAGCUGAGAGUAGGCGAGUGGUUGAGAGUCGUGCACUCUUCCAGUAUUAAUACAGUCACAAGGCGCACACGAAGCACAGUCUCACUCUUUGUGUUCCGGUAUAUUCUCACCUGCCUUUUCUUAUGCAAUGUGCUACAGAAAUAAUUUAAAAUAUUUUGUUGUUGUUGUUGCCCAAAUCUAGUCAUAAAGUACCUUCUGUGAUACUUUAGCAUACUUUGUACAAUUUUCAUCCAAUACCUCGAGUGUUUAUAAGUUUACAGAAUAACUCGCAAAAAAUAAUAAUUUUUCAUGUGACUGUACUAAAUUCAAUCACAUUCCUGUGAAUAGCCUAAAAUUUCUCUCAUCUCUCAUAAUCAUUUUAUAUCACCAUUACUGUAGGAAAUGAUUUAUUAAUUACACAAUUUUUGGUGAAAAUAAUUCAGGAAUAAAAUAAACAAUAUAAUUAGGCAGUGAAUGCAAAUUCCAAAAGCUAUAGAUCAUAUAGGCAACACACACUUGUGCCAUAUUGUCAUGGUUAAUACGUAUGUUGCAAACACAAGUAUGUAUCUCAUAAAGGCUUUUAAUACAGUCAUACAUAAAAAUUAUUUUAUACAGGUAAUUUUUUUUUACUUUACAUAGAAAAGAAAUACAUUCUUUGAAAAAAAAAUCAAGGAUCUUGUUGAAUGUUUGUUUACAUAAAAAUGUACAUGUUAACUAAAUAGCUGUCCAUAAAAAAAUUGUUUCUUAACUCACCAAUCUUCAACUAGAUGAAAAUCAAUCCAUGUAAAAAAAAAAUAACUUUCAUGUUAAAUUUUUUAAAUACAUUAACUUUAUUGAUCAACACAACUGACGAGUUGACGUAAACCUUUCCUUUGUAACUAACCAUGAUUCUGCUUUGAAAAAUCUAAUACCAAAUCCCAGAACAGUAUCACUUAAGUGUCUUGUUCACAUCUUUUCUGUGUAGGUUCUGAAUGCGAUUCAUGCCAAAUCUUUGCUAAAUUCAUCACCAAUUUUUCAACUACAAAAUAAUAUACGUAUAUUAUUUUGAAUUUUAUCAUAAUUUUUUUUAAUAACAGAAAGCCAAAGUGAGCUCAAAUAUUAGUCAACUGCAUAAACUCUAAUAUUAAAGAAAAAUCAUGGUUUUAAAAUGUAAAUGAUAUUAUAAACUUAUCCUAAUACCAACAUACAUUUAGAGAAUUAAAGUACAUAUUGUAGAGAAAUACUGUUACCUUAUAAAAAAACACUAUGUAAAUAUAUAGAUAGGUAAUACAAAACACAUUUCCUGGACAAUUGUAAAAUAUGGCUGCACCCAUAAAAAUUUAAAAGAAUUUUAAGUUAAUUUAAUUAUUAUAUUAAACAUACUUCUUAGUAUUUUUAUUACAAUUGAAAUUAUUUUAAGACCAUUUUUUAUCUUAAUGUAAAGUAUUUUAUUCAGAAAUGUAGUACACAAUCGCUUACCUGCUAUUUAAUGGUCUAAGCCUUGUAACAAUGCAAAAAAAAUGAUUAUCUAAGGAAUUUAAGGUAAUUUGGAUGUGAAAUCUUCAACUAUAUGAUACAAAAUAUAUGAGGAACACAUGUAUAUCAGAUUUAGACCUCUUUUAAAAGGAGUAGGAAAUGGUUUCAGAAAAGUUUCAUUAAUUAACACUGAAGCUCCUAUUAACUCUUUAUUAUAUUAAAGUCCUUUCAAAACAUUUAUGGAAAUAAUGAUUAAAAAAGUAUACCUAUUAUUAAAUAAGAAUUUUUUUUUUAAUAACAGUACUUUUGUUCCAAUUUGUACACACCAAAUAAGUAAUUACUACAGUUCGUUGAACAGAAAAACUCCUGAUCAAGCUACCUUUUGAAAUAUUUUAAUAGUAUACUGUCUAUAGAUUUCAUGAAGCCACAUACUGGGUAUUAUUUUACAAAAUUGUAAUCUGUAUAAUGAAGCACAUUUGGGACCAAAACAACCCUUCUUCACACAAGAGAUCGCUAUCCCGCCUCCCUUACACUUUCCCUAUACUAGGUCACAAUCUCAAGUUCAUUAUAACUUUGGAUUGAAAAUCAUUAAAAAGAAACUUUAACCACAUUGAACUGACAUACUGAUAACCUGUAAGGUGAAAACAUAAGCCCUAAUUUUAUUUGCAACAAAUAUUGAUCGCAUAUAUCUUUAGGAUAAAGAAUAACAGAAUAGGCCCAAUAAAGCAACACUGUUAUAAUUUUAUUUUAUUUUCUUUUAUUUAUUUUUUUUUUUAAGUUUUACGCUGACUUAAAUAAAUAAUUCAUAUAGUCUAAAUAAUAAAAUAAAAGUUAUAUAUAAUUUUUAAAAAAUUAGUAUGAAUUAAAAAAGUUUUAUACUUAGUGAAUAUAAAUUUUUAGGCCAUUUGAACUCAACAAUAAUCCUCACUUUGCAUUAUCUAGCCAUCUUAAUCAUGAUAUGCAUUAGACAGUGGGUUAAGUUAAAACUGACUUUUCAGGGGUAUAACACAAUGCUGGUGGUGAUAUUAAAGUUAACAGAUAAUAAAUUACCUAUCUGUCAAAUCAACUAUACCUGUACAGUUACCAAACUUAUUCACAAAGUUAAAGCUAAUAUGCAAUUACAAAAAUAUAAAAUGGCUUUAACCAUUCUGACAUUCAUGCAGCAACUGAAUAGUAAAAAUUUUUUACUUGUUCAUACAAUUUUAACAUUGAUUUUGAUUUUCUCUUUCAUUCCAAAUAGAUGAAGAAGGGAGAGUACAAAAGUUGUUGAGAGUCUACACAGUCCACGAAUCAACAUUAUUCUGGAUGUCACAUGAAAGGGUGUCAGGAAAGAUUGCAGAAUGCGUACAUAAUACCAAAGAAGUGUUAGGAUGAGCGGUUCCUACCGAGAUAAAGGUCGACAACGGAUUUAACUAUUUGCAUCUGCUUAGAACCAAGACACGGUUAUUUACUUAAAUUAUCACUUAUGACUGAUUUUCUUAAUUUUGCUAAGUAGUAAGUCAUAAUGAAGUUUAUGCCGUGUGCUAUUAAGUUGUGGCUGACAAGUUGGUCUAACUGGUUAAGUGUGUGUUAGAAAAAUAAUUUUAAAAAAAAUUAAAUCAAAAAAGUUGAAAGCCAUUAAAAUAACUCAAAGGCUUACUUUCUCUCAAUAAACUCAGACCAAAUAUCAGUUAAGAAAAUUUUUUAAUACCCAUCAAAAAUUAUUUUUUUACUAUCAGAUGAGAAAAAAGCCACAGUAAUGAAUUUUCUUGGCCUUUCCAAACAAUUCUUUAUUUACCAGCAACCAUUAAAUUUACCCAGAAAAAAAUAGAUUACACAACUUGAAAAAAACUUUUGAUAAAAUAUAUUCUACUAUAGUAUGAGAGUUCUCAUCUUACUUUCAGCUCAUAGGUCAUAGCUUAAAGUGUCCAGACAAAAUAUUACAUUUAUUUGCAAUUUUUUUUGCAUAAAACUUUUAUUUUCUUUGUCAGUAAAAAUAACUAUCACUGUUGCAAGUUAAGCAACAAACCAGAAUCCAAUAAUUUAAUAUUAUUACUUCUUCAUGUUAAGUUUUACUUAGAGAGCACUCCUAAUUGAGCAUAAUUUUUGGCUCCUAUAGGUGUGGCAUAUUAGUUAUGAUAAAGUAGUGCUCAUCUUUUUAUAUUGAUUAUGACUAAAAAAAUUUAUUUUUUUUAUAAAAUUUUGGCGCAUGAUUCUGUGACAUUAAAUAUUUUUAUAAAAAAAUGGAGAAUACAUAGAUAGAUAAUUUUUUUAUCACAUUUACAAUUUAUUACUAUUAGUGUUUUAUUACCAGUUAUGAUAAAUAAUUCAUAAUAAUUAAAAAUAUUAUACCUGGGUAUAAAAAUAAUAACCAAAUUUUCAAUUAAAUACACAAUUUCUUUAAAGCACAAAAAUUGGCACAUAUAAAUGCAUACACAUUAGCACUUGCCUUUGGCUUUAUUCUUGUGAACAGUGACUUCACACAGGUGCCAAAGAACUACACACAGUUGAAACAGGAAUACACACAUUGAAGUGAAGCUAAACUGAAUGAAUAAUCACCUUCAAGGUUCGUCAGGAAUGUCUCCUCUCUGUCCAGACAGUCUUCCGAAUGAGGUUUCGCCCACACCUUGUGUACCUCGCGGCUCUCUCGACAGCUUGGCUUUCACGUGAAAGUGAACACUCCCGUCAUCAGGAACUCGUGUCACACUGACCACCCCUCUCCCUCUGCUCUUUGCUGCUCCAUCACAGCACCGGGGGCAUUCCCCACUGUCCCUUGCGACAUUCUCAUCGAGAAACAACCAGGAAUGGUGUACGCAGAAUUAAAGAAACUUGCGACCAACAGGUUCUCUUAUGGGAUGGUCUUUCUCCCUUCCGUGCUGAAAGCAUUUACGACUCAACGCAACGCCAGGACUGAGCUAUGAGUCACAAACCUACAAUGGCCCAUUGUGAUGAAUAUAUAUAAUUAACAUUAAUGAGCAUAUAUUUUUGAUAUUCAUUUAUGAAAUUUAACGUAUGUUUUCAACCAGUUAUAACAAGGUUUCUAGUUCAUCGCCUGGUCCAUGUUCAAAAUGUGUAUGAUUAUAACGUGCGCGAGCCGAACAUUUGCUGUUUUAUGCCCAGCGUCAAGUUCUGGAAAUCAAAGAUUUUUGUUCAUUUAGGCACAAGUCAAUCUGUCAAGCAUCCCACAAACCCAAACAUACAACAUAACAACACACUACCAAUCACAAAGACUACCAAGUACAUAACAGAAUGAAGUAGGAUGUUGGCUGCAUCAAAAAAUUCAAAUUUUAGCUACACAGCAAUCUAACAAAUAGAAACUUAAUUUAUUUUCACUCAAUUAUUUAAAUGUCAAAUAUGUAUGUCAGCAUUUUAAAGAAUUUUGAUCUUUCUGAUAACUGCUAUAUCUUACUCUAAACUAUAUUUUAACUAAAUAAUACAUAAUGUCUCUCUUUAAUCAAACAUAAAACUUCUGCAAAAGUGAUUGUAACAAGAGUUAUACCUUAAAAUAGCUUGUAAGAAUUUGUAUGUAUGAUAGCGCUGUGCCUUUUAACCACAAACACACAUGUUGUACUCUAACAAUGUCAUUUAAAAGGUUAAUGAUAGUCAACCAAAAACAUAUGUGAACAUGUUCAAUGAAGUAUGUAAAAGAAAGUUAAGGGAGUGAUAUAGUUCUGUAGUAGCACACCGUUGUUUUAAAAGUUAAUGAGAAAAAAAAAAGCAAUUAAGAGGAGAUAACAAAGGACCCAAAACCUGAAUUCCAGCAUUAGGUAUUUUGUCAUCACUUAGAUAGAGUAGUUUCAAUAGAAGAUGUAUAAGUAAGUACCAACAUACAUAGUAAAGUAUAGUAAACUAUAUGAGACAUUAAAUACAACACAACCCCAACACAUAUCCCUAAACUUCCAGCAGACGUACAGGACCAAUUGUAAGAUGGCAUGCAGAACACAGAUGCAUUCCUUCAUUCCUUGCAACUUACUACUGCCCUGUCACUAAUUCCCUAUCCUUCAUAUCUUAUCAUUUUUUUGUAAGUAAUAAGAUGAAGAUUUAGAAGUGUACAAAUACUUACCAAGUAUAGAUUACCCAAAUAACUGAAUACCAUGUUCCUGGUAAUGAAUCGAACAUAUAUUAUAAAUAAAAAGUAGCAAAAUUAAAAUAAUAUUUACAUUUACACAAAUAAAUGCAUACAUUUAUUUCAAAUAAAUGUUAGGAGAAAAGAAACAAGGCAUCUAAUAAUGAAAUAGAGAAUCCCAUUAUUUUCAACCCCUACAGUGAUAAUUUAAAAAUAUAUGUAAGAAAUUUUUUUUUUUAUGUACUAAGUAGUUUUGCACUAAAAUUGAAAACUUUUACACAAAGCUGGAGUUCUCACACAUUAUUAGCACUGCUCUCGCCAGUCACACUGGGAAACACCAUGUUUGAACUACGUACAGUACAAUGUUUUGCCAGUAGCCUGCUGAUGUAAGCCGUGUCCUAUCGCCCGUGCUGAAACAAACUUCAGUGUCGCAUGCCAAGCCCACCACACGGUCAGCGUGUUGGGACGUAGCCACAGAAACUAGCAUGAGGCAACUGACUGCAUGAGCUAUUUUUAUGGGUUCAAAAUAUUUUAACUGAAAACCUAAUUUUUUUCAAAUAUAUUACCACUGCACAAAACUAGGCCUGUGUGAAUAUCCGUUUUUCAGUAAAAAUCAAAUAUGAAUACAAAUUUCAUAUUGUUCUCAAAUACGAAAAUUUAAUUUGACCAGCAAGUGCAUAGGAAAAUAUUUUCGCUAGCAAAUUUUUUUAAAUAUGACUUUUAAACUACAUAAAAAUGAUCAAACAUAUUUUCCCAAAGACUUGCUAUUCAAAUUCAUUCAAUGGCAAUAGUUAUUCCACAUUAAUGGUUAUAAUUACUUUAAAAACAACUGUUGCAAAAUGCUUAUUGUCCUGUCAUACAAACUUUAGUCUUUCUUCUGUUCACUGUGCACUUGUUGAAAUUAAUUAUAGCUACUUAUAACAGGUCCAUUAAUAUACUUUAACUGCAUAUGAACACUAAUAUUUUGUAAAACAAUGACUCAUAACUUGUACGUCGAUAGUUAUGUGAGGUGUCAUGCAACAACUUAACCACACUUCUUAUACAACAGAAUAUCAAUUUUUUUUUUUAAGUGAAAGUAUUUGAAUUAGAAUUGAAUAAAAGAAACCAAUUAUUAAUUUUGAUAUUUCUAAUGUCCGCACAGGUCAACCAAAAUAUAUUAGUGUAGCUUGAUUGUUUUCUAUUUGAUAAUUAAAUUAAAGCAAGUGAUCAAAAUUAAUGGCACAAGGCAUUGCAUAUCUAUAAAAUAAGGUUUUUUUUUUUCAUUUAGGAAUGAAAAAAUUGUUUUCCUAUUCCAAAUGUAUUAUAAAUUUUCAAUGUAAAAGUAUAUUAAUCAUGAAAUUUAAUCUGCAUCCUAAAAACAAACCGGCUUUUUUUUUUUACCUUGUAGCAACCAUAUAUGCAGUUCAAUAUACAUUUGACUAAAGACAAUGACACUGAAGUUUGUUGGAGCUACAAACUAUUAAAACAGUGAGAAUAAAUGACUUCAUUAUAGCUAAAUAAUAUUUAUGCCAUAAAAUAUGCUAUUUUAACGCACCGUUGUAUUUUACUUAAAUGUUUAUUAUGUUAGUUACAAAAUGCAAGCAUUAUAGGAAUUCUAAUAUAUGUUGUUAAUUGCUAAACUAUAUAAAGUUGUUAUGUAAUGACUCCUAAUGCAAAUGUCUUUUUGAUAAGACAUUUUGCACUGAUAUAUUUUGAAAAUAAAUUCAAAGAAUAUGAAACAGAAUUCAAGAAAGAUUUUGUUAAAAAACAAGACGAAUGAUACUCUAUAUUGUAUGAUAUAAUAUAAAUCUAAAUGUCAAUCCCUCUUUCCAUGUGAAAUGUUGCUUGUACAUAAUUUUCCACUUUUAUAUUAUACAUAUAAAAAAUAUCUAUGUAUAUCUUCCUUUUUUUUUCUUCGAGAAGAAUUAUUCUCCGCAGCUGUAUGAAGACCAAAGAUUAUAUUUGAUAUACCUGUAUUAUUCUUAACAUAUCCUUCUUUUAUUUCCUUGGCAAUUUACAGUUAAUAAAAAAACCUUGAGGUAAAUAAA